UGUCAGUGACAGCGAUAAAUACGCCGACCUCUUGGUGUUCGGUUAUGCCUGCAAACUGUUCCGAGACGACGAACGGGCUCUUUACCACGAUCAUGGAAAACACCUUAUCCCAUGGAUGGGGGACAAGAGCAUCAUGAUUGAUAGGUCGGUUGAACAAACGUAGACCGAAACAUUAUGCUAACCAUCUAUCCUGUCCCGUUAGCCUGUUUCAAAAAGAGACCACUUGGAGUUUGUCUUGCAGAAGCUUGGGAUAUAUACCCGUAACUGACGACGAAUGUUUUUUUUAAUUUAUUGCCUGCUAACAUGUCUUUGGACGUCCUGAACUGACAGCAAAUGGUAUCUGAAGUUUCUGAAAUAACAUGCUAACAUGCAAAAGCCUUCCAAUCUUUGCUAACAUUUAGGCCAAAACAGGCCAAACAUCUGCCAGUUUAUUAUACACUAGCUGAAAGUACUGCAGGCUAAUGCAACGACACUGAUACAAAUGCUGUAGCAAUGUAUUUAAAACUAUUAAUAACCUUAAGAUAUACAUAUCUACAUAGUAUAGCCACACCGAAUAUAGGAUUUAGUAUCUGUGUCAGAGCUGUUGCAUUUGGGAAACAUUAGUUUGAGCUAACUGUUUCUCCUAAACUGGCAAUUGAGACAUACACAAAUUAUUUCAGGACUGUUCAGGUUAGCUUUGAAAUAGGCUUUGCAUCUUGGCAUGUUAGGAGAAUUUGCUCCGGAAACUUUAACUCCAGACAUAUCUGAAUAAUAUGGCUUUACAGUGAUGUGUGACACAAAAGGUGUUUCAUUCUUUCUGUCCUUUUUCAAACUGAAAUUUGCAUUAAAUGUCAAGUGAACAAGUCACCAAGUGGCGUAGCAUUUUAUUACGCUUUGCUGAUGUCCUCAAGGCCAGAGCAAAUUCGAACCCAGACUAAAGUUACUGUAGUUAAGGUGAUUCAAAAGAUCACAACGCGCAAAUCAGGUCGACGACCAAAGGUUAGGAUGUGCUUUCUGCAAAAUGGAGUAAUAUUUUCACCUCCUCACAGAAGCAAACGGACAUAUAUACGUGCUAAAUUACUCCGACCAAUGCGUAGGAAUCUGUCUGUUGAAUCACCUUGAUCUGCAGUGAUCCAACUUAUGUUUCAUUUGUACACCUUUGUAUGUGUGUCUUUAUCACAUAACCCAGUUUUUCCCCAGCAAGGUAGGCUAAGGGGUCCUUCCAAACCCCGAAUGUCAACCACAGCACCCCAUUUCUUUGUCUCCAUGAAGAAACCAACAGAGAGAUGGCGUAGAGGGACGAACCCUGGAAAAUGUCGUCCAUUUGGGUUCUUACGGAUAGAUACGAUGGGCGUGGUCACUUACAUGACCUCUCAGAGUAUGACAGCGGGUCAUGGAAUACAUCCUACCAGCUGUCAGAGGAAGAGGCCAGGAUUGAGGCGCUGUGCGAUGAGGAGAGAUACCUGGCUCUGCACACUGACCUGCUGGAAGAAGAGGCCAGACAAGAGGAGGAGUACAAACGUCUGAGUGAGGCUCUGGCUGAUGAAGGCUCCUACAACGCAGUGGCCUUCAAGUACAGCGCUGACUACUACGACCCCUCCCAGCCCACUGAGGAGGAGGAAGCAAACAAGGAGCCUGAAGAGGCCGAGCCUGAAGAGAGCGAAGAACCGUUUGUUGCUCCCGCUGGGCUUACUAUCCCUCCUGAUGUGGAACUGCCGGCGACCAUCAAGACCCACAACAUCAUCGAGAGGACGGCCAACUUCGUGUGUCAGCAGGGGGCUCAGUUUGAGAUCGUGCUGAAAGCUAAGCAGGCCGGCAACUCCCAGUUUGACUUUCUCCGUUUCGACCAUUACCUGAACCCUUAUUACAAACACAUCCUGCGGGCCAUGAAGGAAGGUCGAUACAAGCUCGCCUCCACCAGCAAGCAGGAGCAGUCUCAGGAAUCUCAGUCUGAUGAUUCCGACGACGAUGGAGACGGCAGCUACCUCCAUCCCAGCCUUUUUGCCCCUAAAAAGAGCUCUCGCCUGGAGGAGCUGGUGAAGCCGCUUAAGGUAAUGGACCCAGAUCAUCCUCUGGCAGCUCUUGUACGAAAAGCCCAACAGGAAAGAAAUGGCACCGCAACGGUAGCAGCCAAGCCAGAGGAAGCUCCGGCCAGUGCACCAGCGCAAUACUCUGCCGACCCGAUGUACUACGGGUACUACAUGCUUCCAGAUGGAUCUUUCUGCUUAGCCCCACCUCCCCCUGGUAUCGAUGCCACUUCAUACUACAACAAUAUGCCCUCCGCUGUCAUGGCGCCUCCUGCUUCGUCUGAGGCUUUGCCCCAAGUGGCGACUGCAGCUACACCUGCCGACAACGUCACAAUGGCAUCACCAGCUCCAGCUCCAGCUCAGAUCACCAGCCCUGCUGCUCCAGCGGCUCCACCAGACACCAGCUCAAAAGCCGAAGCUCAAGUUUCCACAACAGCAGCACCAGCCAUCAUUCCUCCACCGCCUGACAUCCAGCCGGUCAUAGACAAGCUGGCUGAGUAUGUAGCGAGGAACGGCCUGAAGUUCGAGGCCAGCGUCCGCGCCAAGAAUGAUCCUCGGUUUGACUUUCUGCAGUCUUGGCAUCAGUACAACACCUAUUACGAGUUUAAGAAGAAUUACUUCAUGCAGAAGGAAGGAAAAGGCUUGCUCGAGAGUGUAGAUGACUGCGAUAAGCUCGACUCAGACAAGUCCAAGGACUCCAGGCUGACAAAAGCCUCUUUUGCCCCCAUCUGUUUUGCCAUCAAGGCAAAAGAAAAUGACAUGCUGCCACUGGAAAAGAACAGAGUGCGACUGGAUGAUGACUCGGACGAGGACAAGUUGUUGGAUGAGGAGGGCCUGGAGGCUGUGAUUGGUGGAGCUGAGCUGGUUGAUAAGGAGCCUCCUCCAGUCAGCGCACCAGAAGAGAAAAGACCGUCCCUCAGUCUGGAGGAGUUGGAGGCAAAACAAGCCAAGCAGAAACUGGAGGACCGUCUAGCUGCUGCAGCCAGGGAGAAGCUGGCCCAGGCAUCUAAGGAGUCCAAGGAGAAACAGCUUCAGGCGGAGAGGAAGAGGAAGGCAGCGCUCUUCCUGCAGACCCUCCGAGGACCGUCCUCUGGAGAGCCCGAGGCCAAGAGAGCCGAGCUCGACUCGUGUGCACAGCUGGAGCUGCAGGAAGCCUUUUCUGUUCUAUCCGAUCCUACUCAAGCGUCCCAAACACAGCUCGUGUAUCCGCAGGAUCAAAGAGUGUCCGCGCAGAACCAUAGCUCCUAUCGCAGCAGGGAAGCCCCGUCCUCAUCGUCCUCUUCCUCUCACGCUACAUCCAGGGGUUCGGACAGAGAGCGGGAUCGAGACAGAGAUCGAGACAGAGACAGGGACGGAGAAAGACACAGAGAAAGAGACCGAGACAGAGAUAGGGAAAGGAACAAAGGCAGAGACAAGGACAAAAAGAAGAAAAAACACAAGAGGAGGUCAAGAUCAAGGUCAAGCUCAAGAUCAAAGACCAGACACUCUCUUCCCAGUGCCUACAGGAGAUCCCGCAGGACCCGAUCACGCUCUCACUCCCCGGGGAGACGGGACAGGAGGGGCCCCUCAUCAGAACGGAGACGUGAGGAGAGGGACCGGGAACGCCAUCAUCGCAGCAGCGGCGGCGGCGGCAGCUCCGGUUUGCCCAGGAGGCGUUCGAGAUCCAGGUCCCCUGCUGAGCAGAGGAGGAGCUCCUUGUCAUCCUCAGGACAGACGCAAACUGCAGGUUUCUCUGUCUCUCCAUACUCGUCGCCCAGCAGAGUUUUGUCUCCAUCAGCGAGCCCUGCCUCCAGCCUGGCCCACUCAAGGGGUGGGUCUCAGGAGAAAGACAAGGCGGUGUCCUCAUCCAUAGUAUCCUCUGUGCAGUCCAAAAUAACUCAGGACCUGAUGGCCAAAGUGCGAGCCAUGCUUGCCACCUCCAAGACCUUUCAGCCUCCCAACUCCUAAAGAGGGCACGCUUUCCCUCCAGCCACGCCAGCCUCUGCCAGUCAGCGAGCGGUACUCUCCGAUUUCCUGGAGAUUUAUCCGGCCCGCAUCCGUUUCUGCUCGCUGUAUUUACCCACACAUGGUUAUUUCAUCUGAUUUUAGCAUCAGCAGAUUCAGUUUGGCUGCAUUAUGUCUUCUGCACCGUCGUCAGAGUGAAGUAAGCUAACGUUGAAGUGAAGCCGAAGUUUCAGACCCGACCUGAGAAAACAGGGAGUCUGUUAGGAGAUUAAGUCUUUGUUUUGCAGGGAGAAUCACACAUGGACAUAAUCCAUAUGCUAUUUUGCAUCCUGUUUUAAAAUGAUUUUCUCCCACGUGUUGACAGUCAUUCUUUGCAGCGUUACCUGAAGCUACUGGAAGUCUGUAUUCUCUCCUUCUAUGAAGGCUUGUGUUUUGAUAAGUUCAUUUUCUCCUCCCUCAUCUCUUCUAUUCUCCACUGUUGUUUUCCCUCUUAAUUCCUCCCCCAACUUUCCUUUGUCUCCAGCAUCUCACCCGUCUCCUUGAGAAGCAGUUUUAUUUUUUUUACUCUGUCCCUCAGCUGUGGUAUGUGGCCUUCUAUUUCUGUUCCUGGUUUGUACCAUAAAGAAUUUAAUGCAGAACAACUUUUUAAUUCGAACUGUCAAUAAAGUUCCGGUUAUGAUUUA